AUAGGCCCACUUCGAGGCGAUCCGUCUGCUGCACAUGAUUCUCACUUUCCCGCUGUUCUAGCUUUCAUGGUUUCCAACUCUGGUGCACGAAUUUAGACCUAGCCCCAUUUUCGUCUUUGGAUGCCUUCAGCCCUCAGUCUCGUAAAUGGGAACACACCAUGACCAGUGUCCGGGUCAUUCGCACCCGUCAGAUAUUACUCCAUCGUAUUCGUCAAACUCUACUGGAGGUCUUCAGUAAUGACGAAUGCGUCUAUCUAAACGAAGAGGCCACUACACAGUCGCAGUUCUCUGGAUCAGAACUACCGUCUGUUGGCACAGCGGAGAGAGAGCAGAUAUAAGCUCCGCUGCGGAGCUUACAUCUGCUCUCUCUGGGAAACGUCCUACCCUAGGUACCAGUACUACUAUUCCAGUAGAUACUUCCAAAUCCACAUUAUGCCCAAACACCAAUCCUUCAAUACCGGCAACAAGAUACCUCCAACAGCCCCGAUCUACAUCCACUCCAAUCCAGUCACCCACAGCUAUCCCUACCCUACCACACCACCCUACUCUAGCGUUAGUACUACGACUACACCGUCUCCCAAAUUUCUGCUGGCUCCAGAGCCAUGGACCCCCUCGCCUCUCUCGCCCAAAAGGCAGCACUUGUGCAAGUUAUUGGGAUCCGCUAUGUGGAGCGUACAGUCUACGGGCAUCGGGCCCUGUGGAAAGUUCAGGUAAGCAGGUGAAGGAAGAGUUUGAGGCGAGGAGAGAUGAAGAGGCGGGGCUGUGAGGGGAGUUUGUAAGGACCGUGUAAGGGAAGGCAACCCAACCGAGCAGCGAAGGUCCAUAUGGUGCCUCCGCCCGUGUAUCAUGUAGGCGGCAUUGGCGGGCAUAAUGGGAGCUUGAUCAUUGAUGACGAUCCUAUUAUAGACUCAUUACA